UUAGUACAGGGAGGGGAAAAAGGAAGUUCUAACCUCCCGAUUGUCUUGUCUUUUGUGUGAGUGAGUGUGUGUUGGUUGAAGCGGCAGGGUCGAUAUGCUUUGAAGGCAACAAUACAAACUUAGUAUACCCUGGGAAGCUGGUCGAUUUUUCCCAAAGGAAAAGUGUACUGCCUUCUCCUUUUUCUUUUUCUUUUUUUAAAUCCCCUCUUGUCUGAGUGGAAGUAAACAGACCGUCAGCAUGUUCAUUUCCUAAGUGAGUCUAAAGCAGCAGCAGCAGCAAGCGGGAGAGAGAAAAGAAGCAACUUUUACUUUACUGGGCUGUGGUGAUUUGAUUCUUGGUUGAGGACAGGACAAGAAGCGUGUGUGUGUGUGUGUGAAUGUGCAAAUGGAAAAGCGCAGAUUUUGGAAAAUUUCAUGGAGUAAGUGAAAAGAGUUUUUACUGCAACAUCUAAAAUAAACUAUUUAAGAAAAAAAAAGAGCAGUUCUUCAGCCGCACGCUUUCAGCCCAUACUCAAUUGGCUUUUUGAAACUGCAGAUCCUUUGAGACAGAGAGAGAAGCAAAAAAAAACAACAACAAAAAAAAAACCCGUAUUUGUAACGAAAACACAUUGCAUCCAGGGAAGGUUGACAGAAUAAAGCUCUUGUGGAGCUAAGCUGCCCUGAAAUAUACAAGCAAAAAUAUCCAGCAGCACUCCUGUUUGCAUAAACGUAAUUGCUAAGAGAAAAUAUUUCCAACUUUUUUAAAAAAAAAUUUUGACUUUCUGAUUUGUUUGCUUGCUCUAAAAAAGCUUUUUUUUCAACCCUCCCCCCACCUAAAAGAUAAAAUUACUAGAUCUAAAAAUAAAGCAGUGGUUAAAAGCUCCCCCCACCCCUUCCCACUUCUCUCUCUCUUACUGUGUGUUUGCCUUUGACAAAGAAAUUAUUUGAACUUCCCUCUGCCUCAUAAAAAGGAAGCAGAAUAGCAGUUUUGACAUAUGGAUGUGAUUUUUCUGCUCUGAGACAGAUGCACACACAAAACAAACAGCACCAGGAACUGCUGCUCUGACUGAACUGGGUGUUGGUGCUCCCUUCACAUGGACUUUUUCCCUACAUUUCUGAAACUGCAAAGAUUUCCAGCCAUGAGAAAGCGAAGCAAAGGACUGGGGUUUCUUGUCAUGUGCCUCUCUGGCUAAAACUGUGGAAACAAACAAGCAAAUAAAAAAACCCUGGGAAGUCAAGAAAAAGAAAAGAAAAAAAAUCAUCUACAACUGGAUCAUUGGAAGAUCCUUCGUCCUUCUACUUCCCUUAGAGAUCGUGGAUGCUGCAAUAAGUCUCUUGGAUAUGGGAUCAUAUUUGGUUUAUCACAGCCUGGGUUUGAUCCUCUGCUGCUCGGUGUUGAGUUCUGUCUAUGCUCUGAUGGGAAACAGCGCACCGGGCAUCGGUAAACAUGGCCAACAGCCAUUCAGCAUCCUGGAGGUUUGUUAUUCCUUGUGGCAGGCAGAAAUCAGUCUUCUCCUAGGUCCAGGAGACCUUGCUGUGGAUGCUGACGAUGUCAUCACCAAAGAGGAGCAGAUCUUCCUGCUGGUAAAAGCCAAGUCCAAGUGCGAGCGACACCUGAAAGUCAAGGUGCACGAUGGUUUCUGUCUGCCCGAGUGGGACGGCAUUGGCUGCUGGCCCGAAGGCAUGCCGGGCAAAGUGGUGGCCAUGCCGUGUCCUGAAUACAUCUAUGACUUCAAUCACAAAGGCCACGCCUAUCGGCGGUGUGACGUGAAUGGGAGCUGGGAGCUGGUGCCAGGCAACAACCGCACCUGGGCAAAUUACAGUGAAUGCGCCAAGUUCCUCACCAAUGAAACCAGGGAGACGGAGGUCUUUUAUCGCCUCUAUUUGAUUUAUACUGUUGGAUACUCCAUCUCUCUGGGAUCCCUGACAGUUGCUGUCCUUAUCCUGGGAUACUUCAGGCGUUUACACUGCACAAGGAACUACAUCCACAUGCACCUGUUUGUCUCCUUCAUGCUGAGAGCAGUCAGCAUCUUUGUGAAGGAUGCGGUCCUGUACUCUGGGUCAGCUCUGGAGGAGAUGGAGCAUCUGUCUGAAGAAGAUCUCAUGUCCAUCACCGAGGCCCCCCCAGCGGAUAAGUCGCAGUUUAUGGGCUGUAAGGUAGUCGUCACCUUCUUCCUCUACUUCCUGGCGACCAAUUACUACUGGAUCCUGGUGGAAGGGCUCUAUCUCCACAGCCUCAUCUUCAUGGCCUUUUUCUCUGAGAAGAAGUAUCUUUGGGGCUUCACGCUGUUUGGCUGGGGACUCCCUGCUGUAAUUGUCACAGUGUGGGCCAGCGUGAGGGCCAAUCUAGCGGACACAGAGUGUUGGGACUUGAGUGCCAGCAAUUUACAAUGGAUUUUUCAGGUGCCCCUCCUGGUAGCUAUUGUGGUAAAUUUUAUUCUUUUUAUCAAUAUUAUCCGAGUCCUAGCAACCAAGCUACGGGAGACAAACGCAGGGAGGUGUGAUACGAGACAACAGUACAGAAAGCUGCUGAAAUCUACCCUUGUCCUUAUGCCUCUGUUUGGAGUUCACUAUAUAGUUUUCAUGGCUUUGCCAUAUACAGAGGUGUCAGGGAUUCUUUGGCAAGUUCAAAUGCACUAUGAAAUGCUGUUCAACUCUUUCCAGGGAUUCUUGGUUGCCAUCAUAUACUGUUUUUGCAAUGGAGAGGUUCAAGCCGAAAUAAAGAAGUCAUGGAGCAGGUGGACUUUAGCCCUUGACUUUAAAAGGAAAGCACGAAGUGGGAGCACGACAUAUAGUUAUGGACCCAUGGUCUCCCAUACCAGCAUAACUAAUGUAACCACCAGAGGGGCACUUGCCCUACAUCUCAAUACAAGACUUGUUCCGGGUGCCCUCAACGGACACCGAAAUUUGCCAGGCUAUGUCAAAAAUGGCUCAAUUUCCGAAAACUCCAUGCCUUCUUCUGGGCCAGAGCAGUACAACAAAGAAGAGGAGUACCUGAAUGGCUCUGGACUUUAUGAUGGAGACAGACCCAUGGUACUUGUUGAAGAAGAAAGAGAGACAGUGAUGUAAAGAGACAAGAAGAAGA